AUCAAACUCUAUAUUUAGGAAGAACAACUGUGAGCUAUGACAGGAAUUCUCUUUAACACUUAGCCUGAAACCGAGUUUCCCUCUAGCCCCGAGCGGGGAGCAGCUCUCAGUACUGAGUGAGGCACCGAACACUUGAGCUAUUUCAGCCACAUGCAAAGCAUCGGAAUUGAGAUCACAGCUCAGAGGACACCAGGCGUCCCUUCCACCUUCUGAGGAGUCUUGUAUUCUUGCAUCUCGCUGCUUGGGACUUUCCUUAGGCAGUAAACAAAUACAUAAAGCAGGGAUAAGACCCCGUGAAUAUGUCGAAACAGCCGGUUUCCAAUGUCAGAGCCAUCCAGGCAAAUAUCAACAUCCCCAUGGGAGCCUUUCGGCCGGGAGCUGGGCAACCCCCCAGAAGAAAAGAGUGUACUCCAGAAACGGAGGAGGGUGCUCCUCCCACCUCGGAUGAGGAGAAGAAGCCAAUUCCAGGAGUGAAGAAAUUUCCAGGACCUGCGGUCAACCUAUCAGAGAUCCAGAAUAUUAAAAGUGAACUGAAGUAUGUCCCCAAAGCUGAGCAGUAGUUGAAAGAAGGUGAGUGA